AUGUCCACAGGCAAGAAGUUGCUUCUGGCUGCUAAGCUUGGACGUUUUGCCGAGGUCCAGAGUCUGCUAGACGAAGGGGUUGAUCCAAACGCCAAGGACAGCUCCGGAUCGACCCCUUUGCAUAUCGCAGCGAAGGGAGAAAGUCCUGAGGUGGUAGAGCUGCUUCUCGAACACGGGGCUAAUUCAAAUACCAAGGAAGAAUCUGGACGAACUCCUCUACACUAUGCUGCUCAGAACACACGAGAUGAAAUAGCACAGAUUCUUCUUGAUUACUGGGCAGAUCCGAAGAUUACAGAUAAAGUUGGAUCUACACCACUACACUACGCGGCCACACACGGAAAUCCUGAGAUCAUAAGGCUGCUUCUUGAAAGUGGUGCCAAUCCCAAUGCUCAAGAUGAAUCGGGACUGACACCCAUACACUACGCGGCUAAACACGGAGAACCAGACAGUGUAGGAUUACUACUGAAAAAGGGAGCCGACCCGAAAGUUAAAGAUCGGUCUGGUUCAACGCCUCUAUUCUAUGCAGCCGCGAAGAAUGUACUUGAGCUUCUGCUUGGCCGAAGAAACAUCUCGGGAAUGGAAACAGACGCAAAGGGUAAACAGAUGAGCUUGACACCAAUGUACCAUAUUUCAAUCAAUGGGAAUCAUCUCGACGAGUCAAUCAAACCAGCCACAGACGCAUCAGAGACCAACUACAUACUGGUUCAGACACGAAUGCAGCUUAAUGAGCCAGAGAGGCAAUAUCUCGUUAAUGCUGGCCUUAUUUUUCACGACUACGUCUCAAAGAAUACGUACCUAUGCGGCUACCGUGACGAGGACCUAGACAAGAUUCGUCAAUUGGACAGGGUUGUCUUUGUCGAUGCCUAUCGCAAAGAUUUCAAGAUUGCAUCAGGUCUCAAGAGUUCAAAGGCGAACAUUGAUCGUGACGUAAAAGUAAAUGUAAUCUUUCACGAUGGCAUUAAUUCGUCACGCGCUAGGAGUUUACCAUCUGAGAUCUUGGAAUUAGAAGAUGUUAAACUUGACUAUACAAACAUACCAUACAAAGCCCAAAUCACUAUCCCGAGGGAGAAACUAGAACCUUUAGCUGGAAUUGACGAAGUACGCCUGAUUGAGGAGGUGGGAGAAAUCAAACCACGUAACAACCAAGCACGACUUAUAGUAGGGCUCGAUGUCGAGAAAGAAUCUGAUGUAAUGACAGACCAAAAACGUUAUGAGGGAGAGGGUCAGGUGAUUGCAAUCUCAGAUACUGGGCUUGGCACAGGACAUAGAGAGAGUAACCACUAUGCGUUCGAAGACCGCAUCCUGGCGUUAUAUGCCAUGAAUGGCACUACUUUGGACCCUAUUGGCCAUGGCACUCAUGUUUGCGGCUCUGCUGUUGGGAAUGCUGCAAUGAACAAUGGCGUCCACAUCAGAGGUACUGCUCCAAAGUCGCAACUAGUUAUGCAGAGCCUAUGGCAUAGUGGCAGUGAGCGCCUUAAUGCACCCCGAGAUCUUUACCAACUAUUUAAUAUGCCAUAUACACAUCCGGAUCAGAAAGUACGGGUACACUCCAAUUCUUGGAAUCAAGUCAUGGUCGAUGGCCAGCUCCCGUAUACUUCGCGCGCAGAAGACAUUGACACCUUUGUCUGGAAGCAUAAAGAUAUGGUAAUAUGUUGGGCUGCUGGGAAUGACGCUACCUUUCAUCACGCCAUGGGAAGGGCCAACGAGGGCCAGAUUGGAGCUGAGGCCGCCGCUAAAAAUUGCAUCACCAUUGGGGCGUGCGAGAAUAGGCGGCCAGACAUGCAAAUAACUUACGAUGACAUUGACAAGGCCCAGUUCCCUGAUUCUAUCAAAUAUCAGCGUGUUGCUAGAGACCCGUCCCUCGUUGCCGCCUUCAGUAGUCGUGGUCCUACCAGUCAAGAUGGUCUUUACAAGACACGUAUCAAACCUGACAUUGUUGCACCGGGCACGCUCAUCAUAUCAGCCCACGCAUGCAUACGCUCGACCACCGGGAGCGGGCUUGAAAAGUGUCACCUCCAUGACGAGGACAACCGCUGGUGUUACGAUUCCGGAACUAGUAUGUCUACGCCGUUGGUAGCUGGAUGCGCAGCCGUCUUGCGACAGGUACUCAUACCCAAACCUGAAUUCAACCAGGCAAGUGGAUGUGAGUACCCAAGUGCGGCACUGAUCAAGGCGAUUCUUAUUAACGGUGCCGAUAUCGUAUCCGAUCCGAACAUCCCGCCCGUGACGCCCAACGUCCACUCGGGGUUUGGUCGCGUAAAUAUGGCUAAAUCUAUGACGAUUGCCUGUGGCAAGGACGGAACAGGCUUUAAGGAAGAAGAGCUAAGCAAUGAUACCGAAAAGAUUAAGCAACUCAUCAAUCUCAGGGCAAAUCAUGCCUGCAAUACCAUAAAGGCCACACUCACAUGGUCGGAUUUCCCAGGAGAUGCGCUUAAAAAUCGCCUUCGUUUGGAGUUGAGACACUCCUCCUUCCUCAACCCAAAAUCUUCAGAUCACCAGUAUAACAAUGUCCAACAGGUUUUAUGGAAGAACCUCCCUCCUGGCAACAUCGCCAUUACCGUGGGAAUUAUUAGAAAGCUUUUUAGGUCCCCACAGCCGUUUGCCGUCGUUUGGCAUCUUUAUAGCGAAAAAGGCAAGGACUCAGCUAAAACAUGCUCGUGGCUUUAA